CAAUGAAUACUGGGUGUUCUUGCCAUUUCUUGCCCUGGAUGACCAUAUAUUUUCCUAUUUGCACCUCCUACUAAACCCUAAAACAUACCUGUCAAGCAUACAGAUAUUUAUUGAGAGAUAUCAACUGUAGUCUCAUUGCACUCAGUGGCCAAACUCGGAGCAAAACGAUUCCAGUUUAGACCCUGGGGCCACCAAACUACAGACCGACACAUUGGUAAACUACAAUUCCCAGAAUGCAGUUGAACUCCGAGGUUGCAGUGUAUCUUGGGAAGGAUGUCCUCAGCUCUGCGUGGGCCCCGGGGCGGGGAAGCGCCGAAGUUGGUGCUUGAGCGUACGGAGACUGUGAGGAUCUCGCCUGAAUUUCCUCGGAACUCAUUUUGCCCGGCAGCUGUUUUAGCCGGCAGGAUUGAAGAACCGUGUCACUUCCGGUAAUACCGGAAGUCGCUCGAAAAUGGCGUCCUCCACGGUAGGCAGUCCUGCUUCUGGAGCGGUGGGACCUACGAAGAAAGAAUUUCGAAAUCAGAAGCCGGAUACAGAAAACCGAGAUGAACCAGAACUCCUUACUGUUCCUGAUGGUUGGAAGGAACCCCCUUUUUCUAAAGAAGACAAUCCCAGAGGACUCUUGGAAGAAAGCAGUUUUGCAACUUUGUUUCCAAAAUAUAGAGAGGCUUACUUGAAAGAGUGUUGGCCUUUGGUGCAGAAAGCCUUGAGUGAACAUCAUGUCAAUGCAACUCUGGACCUGAUUGAGGGCAGUAUGACUGUGUGUACUACAAAGAAGACUUUUGAUCCAUACAUUAUUGUUAGAGCCAGAGACCUAAUAAAACUGUUAGCAAGGAGUGUUUCAUUUGAACAGGCAGUACGAAUUCUUCAGGAUGAUGUGGCAUGUGAUAUUAUUAAAAUAGGUUCUUUAGUAAGAAAUAAAGAGAGAUUUGUAAAAAGAAGACAACGGCUUAUUGGUCCCAAAGGAUCUACAUUGAAGGCAUUGGAACUCCUAACAAACUGUUACAUCAUGGUUCAAGGAAAUACAGUUUCAGCCAUCGGACCUUUUAGUGGCUUAAAGGAGGUUCGAAAAGUAGUACUAGAUACCAUGAAGAAUAUUCAUCCAAUUUAUAACAUUAAAACCUUAAUGAUUAAACGAGAAUUGGCAAAAGAUUCUGAAUUACGAUCACAAAGUUGGGAGAGAUUUUUGCCACAGUUCAAACACAAAAAUGUGAACAAACGCAAAGAACCAAAGAAGAAAAGUGUUAAGAAGGAGUAUACACCAUUCCCACCACCCCAGCCAGAAAGCCAGAUUGAUAAAGAACUGGCUAGUGGUGAAUACUUUUUGAAGGCAAAUCAGAAGAAACGACAGAAAAUGGAAGCAGUAAAGGCUAAACAAGCAGAAGUUCUUAGUAAGAGACAAGAGGAAAGAAACAAAGCAUUUAUUCCACCUAAAGAAAAACCAACUGUGAAACCAAAGGAAGUGCAUGUUUUUAGUACCUAUGUGAAGAACCAGAUGACAGUAACUGCUUGGUUUAUUUUUGGGUUCUGUAUUCUUUUACAUUGGUCUGGAUGUCAGAUUUUGUGCCAACCCCAUCCUUUUUUAUUACAAUGGGUCUCCAGCAUUUCUCUCUCUGCUCAGGAUUGCUUAAAACACUAUAUUCUGUGAAUAUAAUUGGUUUUAUAAAAGCUUCUACUGAAACUAAAAUUGACGUGGCGAGCAUCAAAGAAAAAGUUAAGAAAGCAAAAAUGAAGAAGCUGGGAGCUCUUACAGCUGAGGAAGUUAAGCUUAAGAUGGAAGCAGAUGGAAAGAAAAAGAAGAAAAAAUAACA